AUGUUUCGGGCGCGUCUAGCUGCACGCAUAGCGCGUCCAGGCUGCGCCGGUGGCUGCCGUUUCUUCUCGGCCACGGGCGGCAGCAGGUUUCCUGGCGCAGAGAAGCCCAAGAUUGUGGCCCCAACCGAGCCGGAAGCAGAGACUGUCGGUGCAGCUCUGGAUCGCCUGCUGUCGGUGUCGGGACGUGGAAGGUGGUCGCUCACAACGUCCGGAGACGGCAUCGAGCGAUCCUUUCAGUUCAAGACCUUCACUAAGACGUGGGACUUCAUGACGGCCGUGGCCCUGCAGUGUAAGCUCAAGAACCACCACCCGGAGUGGUCUAAUGUCUACAACACCACCUUUGUUCGCUGGACGACGCACAGCCCGACGCCCGGCCUGACUCGCAGGGACACGGAGCUGGCUGCCCUGUGCGAUGCUCUUGCGCGGGACUUUGGGGAGAUCACAGUCUCCUCUGGCGAGGGCAUAGCUUGCAGUCUUCAGGACCUGGCCAACAAGGCAACUACCGUCUCUGGGGGCAACUGCUGCACGCCCGGCAAAGGAGCGAAUCAGAAAAAUGCAUGA